UGUUUCAGUUCCUGCAACAUGGGCUAAAAUCAGCGAGGACAAUAUCAAGUGCUCUCAACAUGCAAGGGCCAACUCUGUCAAGCUCCGAGAGGUUGCCGAGGUUGGACUGAAGAGCACAUUCGAGGAGACGUGGAAUCAUUUCAUCACUACCAACUUGGCCUUUAAUAAUUGUAUUGCUGAAGUAGCUGAUGCAAAGAACAAACUCCAAGCAGAACUGGCCAAGAUAUUUCAGGAAACCUUCCAGACAGAAGAAACCAUCAUGUUACUGGAGAGAUCCAUAAAGGCAAAGGAGUACUCACUGAGAGUGGCUCAGACCCGCCUGGAGGGAAGAACUAAAUGACCCAACAUAGGACUUUGCCGUGAUGCACCUCAGUUUCAGCUUGGCAGUGAAGUUUAAACUUUAGACGACACCUUACAGACUUUAAAGUGACAUCUGAAAGAAGCCCAUGAUACCCUGCAGAUACUAAUCCUCAACAAAUCAAAGCUGGAGCAUGAAAUUUAUGUGAAGACAAACUCCUCCUUCAUUGACAAGAAGUGUAUGGACAUGCGCAAAGUCUUCCCCAGCACCCCACAGCUCGUUGGCUACACUUGA